AUGGCUGAAGAAGAAACAGAUAUUUACUUGUCCCCCGCGGAUUCGCACGUGGCGGUGCAUGAACACCUGAUGCGAAUAGAGAGCGCAUUUUACUACUCCCCUGGUGACGCCAUGGCGGCCGUGCAUCCUCUGCAAGGAACCGUAUCCCCGCGCCGCGGCAAAGAUCUUCCACCUAUGUGUAUCGUUUCUGGAAACGGGAAUCGCCCUCUUGCGGAGGCGGUAGCGAUGUUGCUUGGGACCCCCACGCACCAAACAUUGGUGAGGCAGCAUGCAAAUGGUGAGGUGAAUGUGCGUAUUGACGAGAGUGUUCUUGGUGCCGAUGUAUACAUCAUUCAGAGCACGACAGGGAAUGAAGUCAUCGAUGUGAAUACAGCCGUCAUGGAACUUCUUUUACUUAUUCGAAAGAUGCGUUUAAGUAAUGCCAGGCGGGUUACUGCGGUGAUUCCGUACUUUGCCUACUCACGUCAGGAUAGCAAAAAGGGUGUACGCAACACCUUAUCUGCUUCUGCCGUUGCAGAGAUGUUGACACAAGCAGGUGUGGACCGUGUCACGACACUGGAUCUUCAUUCUGGGCAGAUUCAAGGCUUCUUCGGGAAUACCCCGCUUGACAAUCUACAGACGAAUCAGGAGUUUGCAAAAUAUCUGCGUAACCAAUCUUGGUUUGACCCAAACAACAUGGCUAUUGUUUCGAUUGGUUCUGGCGGUGUUGAGAGAGCAAGAAAAUUGGCCGACAGACUAAAUAUCGGCUGCAUUGUAACAAUCUUAAAGCGAUGCAAUGCCUCGGGAGGUAAAACGUUACAGCCUGUUGGUGAUGUAAAGGGCCGCGUCUGUGUUAUUCUGUUGGGUAUGUGUGACACAGGGCAAAAAAUUGAAAAGGCAUGUGAACUUCUCCAAGCCCUGGGUGCAGCAAAGAUAACUGCAUGCUGUACGCAUGGUAUUUUGACCCCACCAUGUCCACAACGCCUUAAUGACUGUGAUGCUCUUAGUGAAAUUGUCGUUUCCGACUCUAUUCCACAGGAGGAGCACCUCCGCCUCAUUCCCAAGUUGAAGGUCCUUACGAUUGCUCCACUUUUAGCCACUGCCAUUAACAUGCACACACGGGAUGAGUGCAUCAGCGCCCUCUUUGAUACCCCACCCCAUCCCGUGGAAAACCAGCUGCCGCCACCACCACCACAAGUACUCAGCUCCCAAUCGGUUCAUUGA